UCCAGCGCCACACUUCGGUCGGAAUCGAAACUGUAUUUAUUUUGACGUUUACUCGCGUGUUUGUUUUGAUCGUCGGCAUGAUUCUUUGCGGAGCCGUUUUACGCAAGAGGUUUACCAAAGUUUAGAAAAACAUGUCGAAUUUCGUGCAAAAAACGCUGCUUCAAUCCCGCCUGCCGUUGGUUUGCUUCAAGCGAUUCCGUGGAAAAAUCAACAUCCAGAGGCCCCGGCAGCCACAUUAUGAAAGAGCUCGUGUCCUCGACCUGGUGAAGCCCGUCUACAAACAACUGGAAUUCAAUGCUCCCUGUGAAGAUGUGGAGCGGUCAAAAGUCGCCCAGGAAAUGGAUAACCCGUACGAGCGGAUCAUUGCUCGCGAAGUGCGGAACUGGCUGGAUCAUAGCAAGAUGGUUGCAUUUAUCCAUUUGAAUUCCAUCAAGCAAGAGGACUUUUUCAAAGUUCAAGUUGCCCUCCAUCGGCAUCAGAUGAGCGUAAAAGUCUACGGAAAAUCCGUUAUCCGGCAAGCGGUUGAAGGAACCAAAUUUGAAACCAUUCAACCUUUGUUCGAUGUGAAGACGGCCCUCAUUUUCUGUCCUGAUGAGUCCAAAAUCCGGCAAUUGCUAAAUGUGCUCAAGAAGACGCCCCAGUUUGUGCUACUGGCCGGAAUCAUUCACGGUCAGUUUCUGAACAAAAACGAGUUUAUUAACUUUGCCUCGUUGCCGGAUUUGACGACCGCACGAGCUCAGCUGGCGGCAGUGCUGGAAAGUGCCGGGGCCAAGAUUGUAAGCGACCUGGAAUGCCACCAAAAUCAGCUGGUCAAUGUUCUGGAAUCAUACGUGCGACACGAAAAUGAGAAAACAAAGGACAGCCCGGCCAGCAGCAAUGCACCGGAAGGAAGUGAAGGAUGAAUAGAAAAUAAUGUUUCACCAUUUUGAAAUAGUAUAAUAAAUUUGGUUUAAACUUGAA